GCUGUCAAAAGUGCUCGCGAGCGGCGCGGACCGAGACGGGGAUCGACUUAACCUUACUUUCUCCUCUUCGCGGAAUUGAAUAUUUCACUGAAAAAUUCCGGGGACUCAAACGAACCUCGUGCUUCACAUGUCGUCUGCUGCGGUAAACUCGUGACGUCAUCGGCGAUCAGCUGAGAUGCGUUAGUCAUGGAGCACGCGUCAACCACGUGUUUACCAGCAAUGAACGUGAACUGUUCGUCGUCGUCGUUGGACGACGUAAGGACGAGAUUAACAAUUCGGGUGCUGUACGGAAGCGAGACCGGAACUGCACAGGAUGUCGCUGAGCAGAUUUGGAAGAGCGCCCAAAGAAAACAACUGCAAAGCACUGUCUCAUCUUUGGACGAGUAUGACAUACAAAAUCUCUCUUCCGAGGAACUAGUUGUGUUUGUUGUUGCAACUACUGGGCAAGGCGAUCCACCAGCUAACAUGAAAAUAUUCUGGAGACGUCUACUAGGCAAAAGUCUUCGAUCAGAUCUGCUGCAACAUCUAAAAUAUGGUGUACUUGGUUUAGGUGAUAGUUCUUAUUCCAAAUUCAACUUUGCUGCAAAGAAGUUAGACAAACGUCUUGCGCAAUUAAGUGCCAUAGAGUUAUUACCUAUAGGACUCGCUGAUGAUCAGCAUAAUUUAGGCAUUGAUGCUGUAGUUGAUCCCUGGAUUAAAAAAUUGUGGGAAGAAAUUGCAAAUGUUUUUAAAAUUUCUGUAGAAGACAAAAUUGGAGAAAAUUUAAUUAUUGCAAAGUAUUGCAUUUCAAUACAAAAAACGAGUGAUUUCUCAAAUUUAUUAAUUUCAAAUGAUGGAUGGAUAAUAACCCGUCCAAAUGGAUUAGAAAACAUCUAUGAAGAUGAAACAUAUGCAAAUGUAAAUGUUAAAAUAGGAACAAUAAUUGACAAUGUAAGAACUACCUCAGAAAAUCAUUUUCAAGAUGUUAGAUUAAUAAGUAUUUCAAUACCAUAUAGUAUUGAUUAUGAUCCUGGAGAUGUUAUUUAUAUUAGAUCAAUGAAUUCUAUGGAACAAGUGAACCGUUUUUUUAAUAUACUUCACGAAAACAAUGUAGAAUUGUAUUCAGAUAUGAUGGUUGUUGUAACAAAGAAGAAAAUAAAAGUUCCAUUUGUUUUGCAAAAAUGUUUAACUUUAGGAACAAUUGUUGAACAAUAUUGGGAUUUGAAUUUCAAGCCACGAAGGUCUACAAUGCAUUAUUUGUCUCUUAUCAGUGAAAAUGAGUUAGAAAAAGAAAAAUUAUGUGAAUUUGCUAGUCCAGAUGGCCAAGAAGAAUUUUAUGAUUACGUCAGCAGACCAAGAAGAAAUAUUUUGGAGGUUCUAGCUGACUUUCCUCAUACCACUAGUAAACUAAACAUUGAAGUGUUAUUUGAAAUUAUGUCACCCAUAAGACCACGUCCUUAUAGUAUCGCCUCCAGCUCAUACGCUACUCCUACUAUGAUUCAAAUUUUAGUAGCAAUAGUUGAAUUCAAAACUAGAUUGCUAGAGCCAAGAUUUGGUUUAUGUUCGAAAUGGUUGGCAAGUUUAAAAAAAGAUGACAAAGUAAUAUUUUGGUUUCAAAAGGGAACUUUUAGAUUUGAAGAUAAUAAGCCGAUGAUUUUGAUUGGUCCUGGAACUGGAGUGGCUCCAUUUAGAUCCUUUCUUUUGGAGAAAGAAGAAGAAAAUAAAGAUUUGAAGGAAUGUGUUUUGUUUUUUGGCUGCAGAAAUAAGGAUAAGGAUUAUCACUGUAGACGGGAUUUUGAACGCUUAUCAAGAAGAAGUAAUUUGAAAGUGUUCUGUGCAUUUUCCAGGGAUCAAUGUUAUAAAGUAUAUGUGCAACAUAUUAUUCGCGAUCAAAAAGAGCUAUGCUGGCAGUUUUUACAAAAUGGGGGCAGCAUUUAUUUGGCAGGAACAGAACCUGUGCGACUGUCACCAGGAUGGGAAGGCACAGGUAGACCUGACGACGAACUUAAUUUUAAAGGUGUCACAAUGGAUCAAGCAGAUCUCGAAUUGAAUCCUCCUAGAGAUAGAUUAAAUUUAGUAUUUUGUAUACUCGUACUUCAUGGAAUCGGUGCCUUGAUGCCAUGGAAUAUGUUUAUAACAGCUAAAGACUAUUUUGUGAGUUAUAAAUUGUCAAAGGAGUAUACUGAUGUAGAUACAAACUAUGCUACAAAUUUUCUCGCGUAUCUAGGAUUCGCGGCGCAAAUUCCGAAUCUACUAUUUAAUUGGCUGAAUGUGUUUCUACAAUUGGGAGGCAACUUAACAACGCGCAUAGUAUGGAGCAUUUUUAUACUGGUUGUAGUAUUUGUAUUUACUGUCGUUUUAGCGAUGAUUGACAGUUCUGGUUGGCCCGGAGUGUUCUUCUGGACUACUAUGGUAUCCGUUGUUAUAUUAAAUACUGCCAAUGGCAUUUACCAAAAUUCGGUGUUUGGAAUGGCAGCAAAGCUGCCUAUCAAGUACACAGGCGCUGUUAUUUUAGGCUCGAAUAUUAGUGGAACUUUUACAGCCAUAAUAAACUUCCUUGCACAAAUAAUGGCGCCGAAUGCACGUACUGCCGCUAUAUAUUACUUCAUCACGGCUUUGUUUAUCCUACUGGCUUGCUUUGACACAUAUUUCGCACUUCCAAUUAAUAGGUUUUAUCGAUAUCAUGAACUGCUUCACCAGAAAGAGACAAAUAAAAGACAAUUAGAGAACAGUUCCAGAGGAAGUAACAGCCCACCAUAUUGGAUGAUAUUUAAAGCGUGUUUCCCACAAUGUUUUAACACAUUUUUAGUCUUCUUCGUAACUUUAGCACUUUUCCCAUCUGUUCAAUCUGAUAUACAACCUUCAGAUAAGAAUUUCCCAGUUCCACCUGAAUAUUAUAGCAGUGUUAUGUGCUUUUUAACAUUUAAUAUCACUGCUAUGCUCGGAAGCUCAAUUGCAUCAUUAGUUCAAUGGCCCAGCCAUAAAUAUCUGCUGAUUCCAGUAUGGCUGCGAUUUGUUUACAUACCGUUGUUUUUAUUCUGCAAUUAUCGACCGGCUCUCACAGAAAGAUUACUACCUGUAUAUAUUGAUAAUGAUUGGAUUUUCUGGGCCAUUGCCGUUACUAUGGGACUCAGUAGCGGCUAUUUGUCAUCAUUAUCGAUGAUGUACUGUCCUAAAAUGGUGGAUUCGCAAUACGCGUCAACGGCUGGUAUGUUUGGGGCAGCAUCUUUAAUCACGGGGAUAUUUACAGGAAUCAUGUUUUCCAUGGCAAUGCCGAGUUUGGUGGCCAACGUGACAUUUUGAUUGUUUUAAAGAUGAAAUUUAGCAUCGCGAUAUGCUCGUAUUUACUCAGGAGUUAGAAAAAGGAUUGACAAUUGAGAUGUUGGAAUGUUUCUCUUAUUCAAAUUAAGAUGAACAAUUUCUAUUCCUUAAGAAAAAAAGUUUUAGGAACAGAAAUACUGAGGCUACUGCUAUUCAACACGAAAUAAGAGAAACAUUUUGAAAUGUUUACUUAUAUACAUAUAUAUAUAUAUAUAUAUAUAUACACACGUUGAAUACAUAUACAUAUAUAAUCGUACAAUUCUUUAAGCAAUAGAUUAUGAAUGAAAACAAGCUUUUAAUUAAGUAAGAAUUUUUAAAAGUAACAUUGCGUGUUUUAUAUAAGCGUGUGAUUUGGAUUGAUUGAUUUUUAAUGUCCCUUUGAUAGAAAAAAUAGUUAUGGAAAUUAAAUAAGACCAUCUGAAGUGCAUUAACGAUCAAAAUCGUUUCACAACAGAUCUGUGUAGAAAACACCGGGUCUAUCAGGUUUUAUCAGGAUUUAGAAAAGCUAAUAUAUUACUACUGCCCUUAUUAAUAAAGACCGGACCAAUAAGCCUUAUUAAUAAAAAAAAAAGAGCUGUACGGUACUCCCAUUUUUCGCAUUGUACGAAUAGUAAACUGCUAAAUUAUUACAUACUUAUUAAAGAGA